GGCUGGAGCGGGCGUGGCCGCCGCGGGCUCGGGACUGGGGGCUCGGGGUGCGGAAGCGCCGCCGCUGCAGGGGAAAGCGAAAAUGUGAAACCUCUUCACUUUUGCUUCCGUACUCCUGUCUUCAAAGUCCAUUAAGUAUCUUCAAGUGUUCCUGUUGGUUGAAGUUUUAGCCUUUUGCUGAGAGGCCCAGAGGCAGACCUCUGAGCUUAACAGAUGGCGGCACAGUGCGUGACAAAGGUGGAGCUGAGUAUUGCCUGCACCAAUCUCUUGGAUAAAGAUGUUGGUUCCAAGUCAGACCCUCUGUGUGUGCUUCUCCAGAACACAAGUGGUCAGCAGUGGUAUGAGGUUGAUCGCACAGAAAGAAUUAAGAAUUCCUUGAACCCAAAGUUUGCCAAGAAAUUUUUAAUUGAUUAUUAUUUUGAGAUUGUUCAGAAACUUAAGUUUGGAAUAUAUGACAUUGACAACAAAACCUUUGAUCUGAGUGAUGAUGACUUCUUAGGAGAAUUUGAAUGUACGCUGGGACAAAUAGUUUCCAGCAGGACUCUAACUAAACCGUUAGUACUUAAAAAUGGCAAACCUGCUGGAAGAGGAAGCAUUAUGAUUACAGCAGAAGAAGUAAAGGAUAACAGGGUGGUUGUAUUGGACGUAGAAGCAAGGAAACUGGACAAUAAGGAUUUUUUUGGAAAGUCAGAUCCUUAUCUGGAAUUCCACAAGCAGACUGGAGAUGGAAGCUGGGUGAUGGUUCACAGAACAGAGGUCAUUAAAAAUAACCUGAAUCCUGUUUGGAGGCCCUUUAAAAUCUCUCUCAAUUCUCUAUGUUACAGUGACAUGGAUAAGUCAAUCAAGGUUGAGUGCUAUGACUAUGAUAAUGAUGGGUCUCAUGAUCUCAUAGGAAGUUUUCAAACGACAAUGUCAAAACUGAAGGAAGCAUCUCGGUCCUCACCUGUUGAAUUUGAGUGCAUCAAUGAAAAGAAAAGACAGAAGAAAAAAAACUAUAAAAACUCUGGCAUUGUGACCGUUAAGCAUUGUGAGAUCAUUGUAGAAUGCACAUUCCUUGAUUACAUCAUGGGCGGGUGUCAGCUGAAUUUCACAGUGGGGAUAGAUUUUACAGGCUCCAAUGGAGACCCUCGCUCUCCGGACUCUCUGCAUUACCUCAGCCCUAAUGGAGUUAAUGAAUACCUAACAGCCAUUUGGUCUGUAGGAAUGGUCAUUCAGGAUUAUGAUGCAGAUAAGAUGUUUCCAGCCUUUGGGUUUGGUGCACAAAUUCCUCCUUCCUUUCAGGUGUCUCAUGAGUUCCCAAUCAAUUUUAAUCCUUCGAACCCAUUCUGUAGUGGGAUCCAAGGCAUUGUUGAUGCAUAUCGGGCUUGUCUUCCUCAAGUGAAGUUAUAUGGACCAACAAAUUUUUCUCCAAUUAUAAAUCAUGUGGCAAGAUUUGCUGCUGCAGCUACACAACAGCAAACAGCAUCUCAAUACUUCAUACUUCUGAUCAUAACGGAUGGUGUGAUAACAGACCUUGAUCAAACUCGAACUGCCAUAGUUAAUGCUUCAAAAUUGCCCAUGUCCAUUAUCAUUGUCGGUGUUGGAGGAGCAGACUUCGAUGCUAUGGAGUUUCUUGAUGGUGACGAUGGAGUUCUUAGGUCCUCAUCAGGAGAACCAGCUGUCAGAGACAUUGUUCAGUUUGUGCCGUUCAGGAAGUUCCAAAAUUCUCCAAAAGAAGCACUGGCGCAGUGUGUCCUGGCAGAAGUCCCUCAGCAAGUGGUGAACUACUUCAGCACCUACAAACUGCAACCUCCUAACAAUCCUACUGCGAAGUGAAUGGGCUGAGCAGAGGACCUGAGACUUUAUGCUUGCUUUGCUUGCUGUAUCUACAGACUUUGGUUCUCAAGAUACUUCUGUGUACCUGUACACACACCUCUGUAUGGAAAUGUCUGUUAGCUAGAAAUCACUUUGCCAAGUGUGCCUUUUAAGGGCCAAAAUUAUAAUGGUGUUAAUAUUUGCUGUUGAUUUGAGAGAUAGUGCUUACAUGGAUGCAUUUUAUUUUGAAAAGUAAGAGUGGAAAAAAGAGGUUGACUAUGCAGAGAGAAGAGGGAGAAUGGCUGAAAGUGGAAGAGCUACCUGUUUGAUAAAUAUGGCCAGUGGGAGUGUUCAGUUACUUUUGUGUGGAGUCAGCACUGAGUACUGCAGUUUCUCAGUGAUCAUAAAACCAAUCUGAAAUAGAAAAGAGGGUAUAUCCCCACCAAAACAUGUGCUUGAACAAAUCUGAAAUAUUUCAGGCUUCUGUGUCUAUAACAAAAUUUUGUCAUGGGAGUUUCAUGAUCAGACAAGUGCCUCAGAGCGUAAAAGCCUUCCUUGCACACUGGCUUCACAUUUGCCACUUCAGUGCCUUUGGCCAGUGCCUGGGAUUCAGGGCUAUGUGAACAUGAACCAAAGAAGUCAUUAAAGUAUAUAUUCUUUAAUAGUGUACCUUCUCUUAAUGGCAGUAUGGGAAUAACUAGGAUGAAUCAAGGUAAACCUCAAACAUCUUAAAAGGAUACUAUUGACCUUAGAGGCUACUACUGUAAGGGCUGUACGAUGUGUUUUAAUGUGGAGUGUACUGGAAAAUGAAAACUUUGGAUUUUAUUUUGGUAGGGGUUUUCUUUUGGGUUUUUUUCCCCCCAAAGAACAGUCAUGACUAUUGAUCUUCAAAAGACUUUUUGUGAAAUAGGAAUCCACUUUUUGCUUAAAAAGUUUCUUAUCUGAUUUAUGACUGUAUAUUUUCAGGCAAAGGCAGUUCUUCAAAGUGCUGCCUGUAUCUAUUGUUGUCAUAUUUUGAGUCACGCUGCUUUUUCAUGAACCUACUAAUGAAAAGUACCUACAAAAAAGCCAAUAUUCCCUCUUUCCUCCCUUUAGGAAGACAUAAGAAAGUCAAGUCUCUAAACCCUAAUCCUAUAAUCAUACUGCAUUUCUCUAGGGCAAACAAAUUUCUGGUUCAUUUUGAUGACUUGAGUUUUCUCUUCAUCAGUUAUACCAAGUAUAAAUCAUGUUGUUUGCUUAGUGGAAGCUUUCUUGUCCCCCAGUUGCACACUGCUUGCUGAGGAUUUCUUCUGAUCCUGUCACUGCAUGUAACAUAAGUGGGUGUAAAAGGUCACAUUUAUCACUUUGAAAUGCCAAUCUUGGACGUUAAUUUUGCAGUUUCACAUUUGAAGUGGUUUAGAGUUAGGCAUCCAACUGAUUUCGUAUAAGAACAGAAUGGACUAAUGCUAUACUUAGCACACUUGGACACUCAAGGUUGCACCAGGUCAUCAUGUAUGUGACUUACCAGCUCGCAGUGUAUGUGACUUUUAAUUGCUGGAGCUGCUUUGUGUAGGUUUUGUUUCUUUUUUUUUUUUUACACAUAUAAUUCUUUAAAAAUCUGAAUUCACAUUAACAUUGAUGGAUGAAAGAUAUACGUAUUGAGAUUGUCUUAUACGAGAUAAUUGACAGUUAUCAAUCAAUCAUGAAUGGAUCUGUUAUCUCCAUUCUAUUUUCCUUGGUGGAAGGGGAUCCUAAAUGCUUUCAAUAGUGGAAUACAAAGGAAGAGAUUGUGUUUCAUAUUAAGCCAAACUCUUUUAAAAAAAAAAUGUAAUUCAUGUAUUUAUGUAAAAAAUCUAUAAUCAUCUUUUUAUCAGUGUAGUGCAAAUCUGUUACUAUUUUAUAUAUAAAUUAUAAUGAAGUGCCAUAUCAAAUAUGCAACCCAAAAUACUAAGAUCAAGGAAGAUGUUAUAAUAAACGUAAAUCACACUGCUGCAAAUUGAGAGUGUAUGAUUUUGGAACAGUAAACUGUGUCACAGCUACCUGCUCCGUACAGAGAUAACUGGAUGCAGUAUUAAUGCUUUAUCUAGAUUAAUUGAAGUGGAUGGGUACUAUUGAUAGGAUUACAGAAUACUACUGAAGUUCCUCUGAGUUGUCUGCCAAAAAUGUAAUGUUACAUCUGAGUUCUCUUAUCAAUUCUGUUUUAAGUUGCCAUGGAAGUGCAUUUAAUUAAGUGUUUCAGACCUGACAGUGGCAAGAACCAUUUUCCAGGUAUAACUUCACUUAGAGACAUACAGCUAAUGCCUGUUGAAAACUUCCAAGGUAGACUGAAGCAAUAUUCUGAAUCAAAAAAUGCAGCAGAUUGAGUCCAAGGGAAAGGUAGUUACUGUAUUGUUUUGCCUUUUUUUAUUAUUUUUAAUGUAUUUUUACGUGUAAAAACUGAGUUAUUUGCUUGAGAAUGACAAAGCUAAAUGACAAAAUACUAUCAGUUUUGUAAAGUGAAUGUGCUUGUAGGUCACUGGCACCACCUUGUGAUAAAAGUGAUGUAUGGCAGUCUUUGUCAUCGGAUGCUUUUCGCCAUUUAUUGAUCAUAAUAUAAAUAUGUACAGCAGAGAGCUAACCUGUAACCAGAAUUUUUUUACUUUUCUAUAUAUUUCAGUUCUGAUGAAGUUAAUUGAUUUGCAAUACCCUAUGCAUUAAAAUGAUAAUUUCAGUA